CUCAUUUAACUUAUAAUAUAUAUGGAAGAAUGGGGCACAAAUCUGAAAAGCCAAGUCAUAAUAAAACAAUACGACAUAAGCCAAGUCUCAAUGCCUGUCACAGAUAAAAAUAACUAGAAGGUAGAAAGGCAAGGGUUAAUAUCCUGGCUUUGUCAUUUGCUCCUCAUGUGAUGUCAGGUAAGUUAAUUUUGCUAAAUCUCAGUUUUGUCUUCUGUAAAGUGGUUCUAGUAAUAGCCAUUUGGUGAGUUGUUGAGAGGUUAGAAAUUAGAGGCAAUGAUAAGUCCCUGUCAUUUAAGAAGCAUUCCCAUUACUAUGAACUAUUUCAUUACUGUGUAGGUGUUAGCUAUAUAAUAGCUAUUAUGCUAAUCACUUUAUAUGUGUUAGCUACUAAGUUCUCACAAUAUUUUACAGAUCAGGAGAGCAGGGUUUAGAGAGUAAAGGAAUUUGACCCAUGUUCCACAAUUAGGAAACAAAUUUCAGGGUGGGGAUUUGUACCUAGUACUAACCCAAAGCCAAGCUCCUAAUUGUGAUACAUCCCAGAGCACUGUGAUAGCUAUGGAAAUUAACACCAUUUCAGCACUGCAAACCAGGAAGGUCAAGGAUAGCCUUGUGGAGGACAUGUAACCUGUCCUGGUCUCUGAUAAAAUGAUUGGAAUUAAAUGUGUUGAUAUGAAGGAGAAGAGGACAUCCUAAAGAGAAUGAAUAAUGUACUUGAGGCUCUGAAAGGGAUGCAUAUGCAUCAGGCUGGGUGUACAAUAAGCUCUUGAGCAGUAGGGAUAGGACCAGUGUUUAUAUAGAUAGGUUGGUGUCAAACCGCAGAUGCGAUUGAAUAUGAGGCAAACAAAUCUGCACUUUAUUCCCUAAGGAAUUGUGAACCUUAGAUGAUUUGCAAGCUGAUACAUAAGAUGAUGAAAUAAAACAGACUUUCAAUUGACCAAUCAAUAACUAUUGGGAAUAGAUAUCAUUCAGAGUGGCAUUUUAAGAAGGUUAUUCUGGCUUGAGAAGGAUGAAUUGGAGACGAAAAAAACCCUCUUAAAAUGGCUGUUUUCGAUAGCUGUGUCAUGACAGUUGGGAGAAGUGUCACAAUGAACAAGACAUUAAUAGUAAAGUAUUCGUUUGCCAAAGAUUAGCUGGUUUAUACAUUAGGGCAGACUCAAGGUCGUACGUAGAAUAAAGUCAUUCUCCUUCACUCAGAUUCCAAGUGCAUUCCUAGAAGGGGAAAGGUGGUAUUAUGAUCUCUGGUGCAGUCCUUGCCAAAACCCCAGGAAUGCACCCUGGAAUGGAUGCUGCAUUUCACCACCCUUCCUGUGUUUCAGCACAGAAAAAAAAAAAAAAAAAAGCCUAAAGAAGUGCUGCAUUAAAGAAUUACUGCAACAGUCCAGGGGAAAAUACACAAAUCAAGAAGUAUCAGAGGUCUGGAAACAGUAACUUGAAGAGAUAUGGGGAUGGUAUUUAAGUUAUUGGUAAUUGAAUGAUUGUGGCAGUGGGGGUGGGUGGGGGUAGGGGGAAGAACUGAGCCCUGAAUGGUUCAAAGGAUUUUCCAUUUUUACACUGGUGAGAUUUGGACAAAGGGCAUGCUUUGGGGGUGAGUUCAUGAGUUGGGUUGUAGAACUUGUUGAGUUUUAAGCAUCUUAUCCAAGUGGAAAAACCCAGAGGGGAGUUUGAAGAAGUGGAGCUUGUAAAGAAGGUCAGAGUGGAAAGAAGUAUUUAUGAGUCAUCCAUUUUGAGGUGAUGAAAUACUGUCCAUGCUAUGCAUUUUUAAAACUUUAAAGAGCUGUUGAGUGGGUUUCCUAACAAUAGAAGUUAACAUUUAUGAAUGCAUUUGCUAUGUGCUGGGAGCAGAACUCACUACACAGGCAUCAUUUAUUCUUAAUGACAACCUAUGAGGCAGGUAGCCUUACACCCAUCUUAAGAUGAGGACACAGCCCCAUGGUGAGACCAAAUAACUCAAUCAAGGUCACACAGCAACUAGGUAGUGGAGCUGGGAUUCAAUCCUACGCAGGGUAACCUGGUUCCAAAAACUGAGUACUUAACUACCGUAUCAUACGCUGUAAUGUAAGCAUGUGAAUAUAAAGCUCUCCCAAAAAAAAAUAAGUUAUGUAAAAGUCACAUUCCAGUAAGAAAUAUUAAUAUAACUUGGUCAUCCCAGUAUAAGCAGCUAGUCCCCCACCCCACUCAAGAUAUCUUAUAUCUUGAUAUCAUAUAUAUCCACUCCGCUACAAAUGAUAUCCACUCAGGGUACCCACCUCCUCACUAAGAAAGCGGUAAAAAUAAGCAGCAACACUGAUAGCCAUUUAUAGCUUUAAAAAUCUCUCUUUUGGUCUGCCUUGAUUUCUUUUUGUCUUUCACUGACGAUGCUUUGCUGAUCCUGUUCAAUAACCCUUGGGCCCCUCCCCUGUUUUUAUUCUGCUCAAAUAGUUGCAUCUUUGUAUCCUUAUUUUUAUUGGCACAAAAUUCUCAGUCCACUUAUUCCCUUGUAUAAAGUAAAUUUUAACUAUAGAACCUGUAUCAAUAAUGCCAUUUAAAGGAGGCUGCUUCCAAUACACUCUGCAAAAUGUCUGCAGAGAAUUCCGGAUUUACCAGUCACCACUUCCCUCCCUGCUAUCCGGGCCUUGCAGCUUCCUUUCCCUUCUACAUCUGAGCACUCUCUGUUCUCUGGCCAGCUGCCUUCUGUUCAGCCCCUGUGUGUUCUCCAUUCUCUGCUCUGCCUUAAUGAUAAGUAGAGUUUCAUCCUGAGCACAUUGGGUUGGAGGUGGGGAUUACUUCUUUAUUUGGGUCCAAGGGAAAAACAUACUCUCCUAUUGGCAAACCAUGGAAAGUAUGACACUUUGAGUGUAACAAGAUUAAGCAAUCCCUCUUUGGGUACAGCAGUGUGGCCAGUGUGGGGGAAGAGAGUGUUAUUCUUCUUGGACCAAUUCUCAUUCUAUAUCUGGUGGCUUACAUAGGAGUUCCAAAUUACAAGAUGCCUAGGGUCCAAAGAUAUGUUGUUGGGACAUAAGAAAGUUGCAAUGAAAUGGUUGUGUAUUUUGGGUUUUCUAUUUUUUAUGUUUCUAAAAUGAUAAUUUUUAUAAGUAGGGCACAUAGCAUUUACUUUCAGAUAUUGGAAUUUGUUAAUUUCAAAGAGAUGGUCAGUGAAAAGCUUGGGCAUCUCCUCUUCCUGUUCACUUACUUACUGUUUUAGCUCAGCUUACCAUGAAAAGCAAGCAGUCAUUUUCACCAAUAACUUAUACCAAAUACUUGACCUUGGAACCAGCAAUUUACAUUCUUAUAAAAGAGGUCACUUAGGGAAUUUAACUGUGUAAUCCAAGCCCUCAUGUGGCAAGAGUUGAGUAGAAAUGGAACAAAGCUGGUGACACACCAUUUGAAACAAUUUGAAUUGGGAAAUCAUCUCUUUUCGACUUUGUGUUAAAAAUGGAACCUACUUUAAAAUGGUACAGGAAGGGAGAAGGAUGCAGCAAAAGUCUGUAGCAAUAGUGACUCAAAAACUCUGUUCCAGGACUCACGAAAGCAAUCCUGUUGUCACAUUUGGAGGGAAACCAGAAAGAAUUUAGGGUUUUCACUUUCCUAAUAGCUUCUUUCCCAUACCUUUCCUUCAGACACCAUGCCCUCCCUUUUAUUUUGCCUUUAUUAAUGAAAACUAAUGAAGAGAAACACCUUUGAAACUUGAACUAGGAAACAGGGUUUGCAAGUGCUAAUAUUUUGGUGUGGACUCUUUUUUCUUUUCUUUAAGACAAUUAUCAAGACGACGAAGCAUUUGUUUCUUUUGUUUACCCAUGGCAGUUUGUCAGCAGUUAUGAUAAGUAGAGUUCCAUCUGCCAGGAAAACUACAUUGCAAAUUGCUGUAGAAAUUAGCAGCUUUCAUUUUUGCCUACAUAAAUAAAUAUGCGAAAUAAAUUGCACAUAAACGCAUCCUAAAAAAUCACAGGUACACCACACAGUUAAAUGCCAAUCAGACAAAACCAGAGACACACUGCGAUUAUCUCAGUUUUCAAACCUGGAAGAUACACGAAUGUGUUUCUAAAUGAGAGAGGCAGUGUAUCAUGCUCGCUGAGAUAAAAACAGAAGCUGCCAGACACUGCACUGUGGCUUUAUUCUGAGAAUCCUUUGCCUGAAACCCGCUCUAUCUUUUCUUGAUGUUCUCUGUCUCUCUCUCUCUCUCUCUCUCUCUCUCUCUCUCUCUCUCUCUCUCUCUCUCUCUCUCUCUCUAUCUGCUUCUCUCCCUCUCUCCUCGCUGCCUUUCCCUCGCUCAUUGUUCUCUCUCUCCUCCUGCCUUUGAUGCACAUACGUUGUCACAAUUCAUUGACUCUCCUCUCUUCUCUGUUCUUACACUCAAGCCUAGCGGUGCUUUCGCCAGGCAGCAGCAGCCUCUCCUGCGAGUUUUAGGCAUGUGUGCAGCUCAGUUUGAUCGAGCGUUCCUUUUCUGCCUUUUCACUCUUACAAAAGAUUAAAAGGUGGCGUCACAUUGCUCCCCUGUUCCUUCCCGCAGGAGGGACUUAAAAGGGACAACAAAAACUAAUCACUUUCAAUAAGCAUUUUCUUGCUGGAAAAAAAAAAAAAAAAGAAAGAAAGAAAGAAAAAAAGAAGAAGAAGGAAAAAAAAGGCGGGGGGUGGACUUAGCAGUGUAAUUUGAGACCGGUGGUAAGGAUUGGAGCGAGCUAGAGAUGCUGCACGCUGCUAACAAGGGAAGGAAGCCUUCAGCUGAGGCAGCUACCUGAUGUGAACUGUUUCUCUAAUCGUUGGCACCUCUGCUAAUGCUACGCAAGGGCAAAUUUGAGCAGCAAAUUCCAAACUGGUGACUUAUCGUUCAGAAGAGGUAAUUGUGUAGAAAAAGCUGGUUUCUGUAACUAUUCACUAAAGUCGACUGGAUAAAUUGAACUUUAGGGGGACAUCUUUCUAUUUACAAACAAUGGUUUACUAUAGCUGCUUAUACAUCAAUAUCUUACCACCCGUUUGAGGAGCAGAAAAGUAGAUUAAUGAUGCCAAAUAAUGCUUUCUUUGUAUCGGCUGUAACAUUUCUCUCACCUCUCACCAGAACAGCCACCAUUCUUAAUUAGCUAGUUGGGAAUUCGACCUAGCUGGAAUUUUACCACAAGACCACACAGAUCAAGCAAGCGUACCUUCUACAGUGGAUCAGGGUUCUGAUUAGCAUGUUCCUCUAGGAUUAAGUACAAAAGUAAGCUAUUCCUGCCCAAAUCCCAAUUACUUAUCCUCUGCCAUUCUCAUUUUUGUCAUUAACUGAGUGCCAGUCAGUCCUUGAUAAGUUAUUUAUUUUUAGGAUUUGACCCACUGAAAGCCUCUUAGAUACCACAAGGUGGCUGAAAUGGUGAAAGGACAGGAGGUGGAACUAACCUUGCCAGAAAUGUUGUUACUGCAGAUUAGGACAGAAGUCACCAGACCACCUUCCAAGUCUGCAGAACAGGGAGCAGGCUUCUGUCUACUGAAUAUUACUACAGAAUCAAAACUUGAGGCCGGGUGCAAUGGUUCACCUGUAAUCCAGCACUUUGGGAGGCUGAGAGAGAGACAGAGAGAGAAAAAAAAUGGGUGUGUUCCUAAUAAGACACAGGGUCGUCCCAUUCCACCUACAUCCUCGCCUAGUCUCCUCCCAUCUGCUCAGCUGCCUAGCUCCCAUAAUCCUCCACCAGUUAGCUGCCAGAUGCCAUUGCUAGACAGCAACACCUCCCAUCAAAUCAUGGACACCAACCCUGAUGAGGAAUUCUCCCCCAAUUCAUACCUGCUCAGAGCAUGCUCAGGGCCCCAGCCAGCCUCCAGCAGUGGUCCUCCAAACCACCACAGCCAGUCGACUCUGAGGCCCCCUCUCCCACCCCCUCACAACCACACGCUGUCUCAUCACCACUCGUCCGCCAACUCCCUCAACCGGAACUCACUGACCAAUCGGCGGAGUCAGAUCCACGCCCCGGCCCCUGCGCCCAAUGACCUGGCCACCACACCAGAGUCCGUUCAGCUUCAGGACAGCUGGGUGCUAAACAGCAACGUGCCACUGGAGACCCGGCACUUCCUCUUCAAGACCUCCUCGGGGAGCACACCCUUGUUUAGCAGCUCUUCCCCAGGAUACCCUUUGACCUCAGGAACCGUUUACACGCCCCCGCCCCGCCUGCUGCCCAGGAAUACUUUCUCCAGGAAGGCUUUCAAGCUGAAGAAGCCCUCCAAAUACUGCAGCUGGAAAUGUGCCGCCCUCUCCGCCAUCGCUGCGGCCCUCCUCUUGGCUAUUUUGCUGGCAUAUUUCAUAGCAAUGCAUCUGCUCGGACUCAAUUGGCAACUCCAGCCUGCAGAUGGGCACACCUUUAACAAUGGGAUAAGGACCGGCUUACCAGGAAACGAUGAUGUGGCAACAAUGCCAUCUGGAGGCAAAGUGCCGUGGUCAUUGAAAAACAGCAGCAUAGACAGUGGUGAAGCAGAAGUGGGUCGGCGGGUGACACAAGAAGUCCCACCAGGGGUGUUUUGGAGGUCACAAAUUCACAUCAGUCAGCCCCAGUUCUUAAAGUUUAACAUCUCCCUCGGGAAGGACGCUCUCUUUGGUGUUUACAUAAGAAGAGGACUUCCACCAUCUCAUGCCCAGUAUGACUUCAUGGAACGUCUGGACGGGAAGGAGAAGUGGAGUGUGGUUGAGUCUCCCAGGGAACGCCGGAGCAUUCAGACCUUGGUUCAGAACGAAGCCGUGUUUGUGCAGUACCUGGACGUGGGCCUGUGGCAUCUGGCCUUCUACAAUGACGGAAAAGACAAAGAGAUGGUUUCCUUCAGUACUGUUGUCCUAGAUUCAGUGCAGGACUGUCCACGUAACUGCCAUGGGAAUGGUGAAUGUGUGUCGGGGGUAUGUCACUGUUUCCCGGGAUUUCUAGGCGCGGACUGUGCUAAAGCUGCCUGCCCUGUCCUGUGCAGUGGGAAUGGACAAUAUUCUAAAGGGACGUGCCAGUGCUACAGCGGCUGGAAAGGCGCAGAGUGCGACGUGCCCAUGAAUCAGUGCAUCGAUCCUUCCUGCGGGGGCCACGGCUCCUGCAUUGAUGGGAACUGUGUCUGCUCGGCUGGCUACAAAGGCGAGCACUGUGAGGAAGUUGAUUGCUUGGAUCCCACCUGCUCCAGCCACGGGGUCUGUGUGAAUGGAGAAUGCCUGUGCAGCCCUGGCUGGGGUGGUCUCAACUGUGAGCUGGCAAGAGUCCAGUGCCCAGACCAGUGCAGUGGGCACGGCACGUACCUGCCUGACACAGGCCUCUGCAGCUGCGAUCCCAACUGGAUGGGUCCCGACUGCUCUGUCGAAGUGUGCUCAGUAGACUGUGGCACUCACGGCGUCUGCAUCGGGGGAGCCUGCCGCUGUGAAGAGGGCUGGACAGGCGCAGCGUGUGACCAGCGCGUGUGCCACCCCCGCUGCAUUGAGCACGGGACCUGUAAAGAUGGCAAAUGUGAAUGCCGAGAGGGCUGGAAUGGUGAACACUGCACCAUUGGUAGGCAAACGGCAGGCACCGAAACAGAUGGCUGCCCUGACUUGUGCAACGGUAACGGGAGAUGCACACUGGGUCAGAACAGCUGGCAGUGUGUCUGCCAGACCGGCUGGAGAGGGCCCGGAUGCAACGUUGCCAUGGAAACUUCCUGUGCUGAUAACAAGGAUAAUGAGGGAGAUGGCCUGGUGGAUUGCCUGGACCCUGACUGCUGCCUACAGUCAGCCUGUCAGAACAGCCUGCUCUGCCGGGGGUCCCGGGACCCACUGGACAUCAUUCAGCAGGGCCAGACGGAUUGGCCUGCGGUGAAGUCCUUCUAUGACCGUAUCAAGCUCUUGGCAGGCAAGGAUAGCACCCACAUCAUUCCUGGAGAGAACCCUUUCAACAGCAGCUUGGUUUCUCUCAUCCGAGGCCAAGUAGUAACUACAGAUGGAACUCCCCUGGUUGGUGUGAAUGUGUCUUUUGUCAAGUACCCAAAAUACGGCUACACCAUCACCCGCCAGGAUGGCACGUUCGACCUGAUCGCCAAUGGAGGUGCUUCCUUGACUUUACACUUUGAGCGAGCCCCGUUCAUGAGCCAGGAGCGCACUGUGUGGCUGCCCUGGAACAGCUUUUACGCCAUGGACACCCUGGUGAUGAAGACCGAGGAGAACUCCAUCCCCAGCUGUGACCUCAGUGGAUUUGUCCGGCCCGAUCCAAUCAUCAUCUCCUCCCCCCUGUCCACCUUCUUCAGCGCUGCCCCUGGGCAGAAUCCCAUCGUGCCUGAGACCCAGGUUCUUCAUGAAGAAAUCGAGCUCCCUGGUUCCAAUGUGAAGCUUCGCUAUCUGAGCUCCAGAACCGCAGGGUACAGGUCCCUGCUGAAGAUCACCAUGACCCAGUCCACAGUGCCCCUGAACCUCAUUAGGGUUCACCUGAUGGUGGCCGUCGAGGGGCAUCUCUUCCAGAAGUCAUUCCAGGCUUCUCCCAACCUGGCCUACACCUUCAUCUGGGAUAAGACAGAUGCUUAUGGCCAAAGGGUGUAUGGACUCUCAGAUGCUGUUGUGUCUGUCGGGUUUGAAUAUGAGACCUGCCCCAGUCUAAUUCUCUGGGAGAAAAGGACGGCCCUCCUUCAGGGAUUCGAGCUGGACCCCUCCAACCUGGGUGGCUGGUCCCUGGACAAACACCACAUCCUCAAUGUUAAAAGUGGAAUCCUACACAAGGGCACUGGGGAAAACCAGUUCCUGACCCAGCAGCCUGCCAUCAUCACCAGCAUCAUGGGCAACGGUCGCCGCCGCAGCAUUUCCUGUCCCAGCUGCAACGGCCUUGCCGAAGGCAACAAGCUUCUGGCCCCAGUGGCUCUGGCUGUUGGAAUCGAUGGGAGCCUCUAUGUGGGUGACUUCAAUUACAUCCGACGCAUCUUUCCCUCUCGAAAUGUAACCAGCAUCUUGGAGUUACGAAAUAAAGAGUUUAAACAUAGCAACAACCCGGCACACAAGUACUACUUGGCAGUGGACCCCGUGUCCGGCUCGCUCUACGUGUCCGACACCAACAGCCGGAGAAUCUACCGUGUCAAGUCUCUGAGUGGAGCCAAAGACCUGGCUGGGAAUUCGGAAGUCGUGGCAGGGACUGGAGAGCAGUGUUUACCCUUUGAUGAAGCCCGCUGUGGGGAUGGAGGGAAGGCCAUAGAUGCAACCCUGAUGAGCCCAAGAGGUAUUGCAGUAGACAAGAAUGGGCUCAUGUACUUUGUCGAUGCCACCAUGAUCCGGAAGGUCGACCAGAACGGAAUCAUCUCCACCCUGCUGGGCUCCAAUGACCUCACUGCUGUCCGGCCGCUGAGCUGUGAUUCCAGCAUGGAUGUAGCCCAGGUUCGUCUGGAGUGGCCAACAGACCUUGCUGUCAAUCCCAUGGAUAACUCCUUGUAUGUUCUAGAGAACAAUGUCAUCCUUCGAAUCACCGAGAACCACCAAGUCAGCAUCAUUGCGGGACGCCCCAUGCACUGCCAGGUUCCAGGCAUUGACUACUCACUCAGCAAACUAGCCAUUCACUCUGCCCUCGAGUCAGCCAGUGCCAUUGCUAUUUCUCACACUGGGGUCCUUUAUAUCACUGAGACGGAUGAGAAGAAGAUUAACCGUCUACGCCAGGUAACAACCAAUGGGGAGAUCUGCCUCUUAGCCGGGGCAGCCUCAGACUGUGACUGCAAAAACGAUGUCAAUUGCAACUGCUAUUCAGGAGAUGAUGCCUAUGCGACUGACGCCAUCUUGAAUUCCCCAUCAUCCUUAGCUGUAGCUCCAGAUGGUACCAUCUACAUCGCAGACCUUGGAAAUAUUCGGAUCAGGGCGGUCAGCAAGAACAAGCCCAUUCUUAAUGCCUUCAACCAGUAUGAGGCUGCAUCCCCCGGGGAUCAGGAGUUAUAUGUCUUCAACGCUGAUGGCAUCCACCAAUACACUGUGAGCCUGGUGACAGGGGAGUACUUGUACAAUUUCACAUAUAGCGCUGACAAUGAUGUCACUGAAUUGAUUGACAAUAAUGGAAAUUCCCUGAAGAUCCGUCGGGACAGCAGUGGCAUGCCCCGUCAUCUGCUCAUGCCUGACAACCAGAUCAUCACCCUCACCGUGGGCACCAAUGGAGGCCUCAAAGUCGUGUCCACACAGAACCUGGAGCUUGGCCUCAUGACCUAUGAUGGGAACACUGGGCUCCUGGCCACCAAGAGCGAUGAAACAGGAUGGACGAUUUUCUAUGAUUAUGACCAUGAAGGCCGCCUGACAAAUGUGACGCGCCCCACAGGGGUGGUGACCAGUCUGCACCGGGAAAUGGAGAAAUCUAUUACCAUUGACAUUGAGAACUCCAAUCGUGAUGAUGAUGUCACAGUCAUCACCAACCUCUCUUCAGUAGAGGCCUCCUACACAGUGGUACAAGAUCAAGUGCGGAACAGCUACCAGCUCUGUAAUAACGGUACCCUGAGGGUGAUGUAUGCUAAUGGGAUGGGUGUCAGCUUCCACAGCGAGCCCCACGUCCUGGCAGGCACCAUCACCCCCACCAUUGGGCGUUGCAACAUCUCCCUGCCUAUGGAGAAUGGCUUAAACUCCAUUGAGUGGCGCCUAAGAAAGGAGCAGAUUAAAGGCAAAGUCACCAUCUUUGGCAGGAAGCUCCGGGUCCAUGGGAGAAAUCUCUUGUCCAUCGACUAUGAUCGAAAUAUUCGGACUGAAAAGAUCUAUGAUGACCACCGGAAGUUCACCCUGAGGAUCAUUUAUGACCAGGUGGGCCGCCCCUUCCUCUGGCUCCCCAGCAGCGGGCUGGCGGCUGUCAACGUGUCGUACUUCUUCAACGGGCGCCUGGCUGGCCUUCAGCGUGGGGCCAUGAGCGAGAGGACAGACAUUGACAAGCAAGGCCGCAUCGUGUCCCGCAUGUUCGCCGACGGGAAGGUGUGGAGCUACUCCUACCUUGACAAGUCCAUGGUCCUCCUGCUUCAGAGCCAGCGUCAGUAUAUAUUUGAGUAUGACUCCUCCGACCGCCUCCUUGCCGUCACCAUGCCCAGCGUGGCCCGGCACAGCAUGUCCACACACACCUCCAUCGGCUACAUCCGCAACAUUUACAACCCACCUGAAAGCAAUGCUUCGGUCAUCUUCGACUACAGUGAUGACGGCCGCAUCCUGAAGACCUCCUUUUUGGGCACCGGACGCCAGGUGUUCUACAAGUAUGGGAAACUCUCCAAGUUAUCAGAGAUUGUCUAUGACAGUACCGCCGUCACCUUCGGGUAUGACGAGACCACGGGUGUCUUGAAGAUGGUCAACCUCCAAAGCGGGGGCUUCUCCUGCACCAUCAGGUACCGGAAGAUUGGCCCCCUGGUGGACAAGCAGAUCUACAGGUUCUCCGAGGAAGGCAUGGUCAAUGCCAGGUUUGACUACACCUAUCAUGACAACAGCUUCCGCAUCGCAAGCAUCAAGCCGGUCAUAAGUGAGACUCCCCUCCCCGUGGACCUCUACCGCUAUGAUGAGAUUUCUGGCAAGGUGGAACACUUUGGUAAGUUUGGAGUCAUCUAUUAUGACAUCAACCAGAUCAUCACCACUGCUGUGAUGACCCUCAGCAAACACUUCGACACCCAUGGGCGGAUCAAGGAGGUGCAGUAUGAGAUGUUCCGGUCCCUCAUGUACUGGAUGACGGUGCAAUAUGACAGCAUGGGCCGGGUGAUCAAGAGGGAGCUAAAACUGGGGCCCUACGCCAACACCACAAAGUACACCUAUGACUACGAUGGAGAUGGGCAGCUCCAAAGCGUGGCCGUCAAUGACCGCCCAACCUGGCGCUACAGCUAUGACCUCAACGGGAACCUCCACUUACUGAACCCAGGGAACAGUGUGCGCCUCAUGCCCUUGCGCUAUGACCUCCGGGAUCGGAUAACCAGACUCGGGGAUGUACAGUACAAAAUUGAUGAUGAUGGCUAUCUGUGCCAGAGAGGGUCCGACAUCUUCGAAUACAAUUCCAAGGGGCUCCUAACAAGAGCCUACAACAAGGCCAGCGGGUGGAGUAUCCAGUACCGCUAUGAUGGCGUAGGACGGCGGGCUUCCUACAAGACCAACCUGGGCCACCACCUGCAAUAUUUCUACUCUGACCUCCACAACCCAACACGCAUCACCCACGUCUACAAUCACUCCAACUCAGAGAUUACCUCGCUGUACUACGACCUCCAAGGCCACCUCUUUGCCAUGGAGAGCAGCAGUGGGGAGGAGUACUACGUUGCCUCCGAUAACACAGGGACUCCUCUGGCUGUGUUCAGCAUCAACGGCCUCAUGAUCAAACAGCUGCAGUACACGGCCUAUGGGGAGAUUUAUUAUGACUCCAACCCCGACUUCCAGAUGGUCAUUGGCUUCCACGGGGGACUCUAUGACCCCCUGACCAAGCUGGUCCACUUCACGCAGCGUGAUUAUGAUGUGCUGGCAGGACGAUGGACCUCUCCAGACUAUACCAUGUGGAAAAAUGUGGGCAAGGAGCCAGCCCCCUUUAACCUGUAUAUGUUUAAGAGCAACAAUCCUCUCAGCAGUGAGCUAGAUUUGAAGAACUACGUGACAGAUGUGAAAAGCUGGCUUGUGAUGUUUGGAUUUCAGCUUAGCAACAUCAUUCCCGGCUUCCCAAGAGCCAAAAUGUAUUUCGUGCCUCCUCCCUAUGAAUUAUCAGAGAGUCAAGCAAGUGAGAACGGACAGCUCAUUACAGGUGUCCAACAGACAACGGAUAGACAUAAUCAGGCCUUCAUGGCUCUGGAAGGGCAGGUCAUUACUAAAAAGCUCCACUCCAGCAUCCGGGAGAAGGCGGGCCACUGGUUUGCCACCACCACGCCCAUCAUUGGCAAAGGUAUCAUGUUCGCCAUCAAAGAAGGGCGGGUGACCACGGGCGUGUCCAGCAUCGCCAGCGAGGACAGCCGCAAGGUGGCAUCUGUGCUGAACAACGCCUACUACCUGGACAAGAUGCAUUACAGCAUCGAGGGCAAGGACACCCACUACUUUGUGAAGAUUGGCUCUGCCGACGGCGACCUGGUCACACUGGGCACCACCAUCGGCCGCAAGGUGCUGGAGAGCGGGGUGAACGUGACCGUGUCGCAGCCCACGCUGCUGGUCAAUGGCAGGACUCGAAGGUUCACCAACGUUGAGUUCCAGUACUCCACACUGCUGCUCAGCAUCCGCUAUGGCCUCACUCCCGACACCCUGGACGAAGAGAAGGCCCGCGUCCUAGACCAGGCGAGACAGAGGGCCCUGGGCACGGCCUGGGCCAAGGAGCAGCAGAAAGCCAGGGACGGGAGAGAGGGGAGCCGCCUGUGGACUGAGGGCGAGAAGCAGCAGCUCCUGAGCACUGGGCGCGUGCAAGGGUACGAAGGGUAUUACGUGCUUCCCGUGGAGCAAUACCCAGAGCUUGCAGACAGUAGCAGCAACAUCCAGUUUUUAAGACAGAAUGAGAUGGGAAAGAGGUAACAAAAUAAUCUGCUGCCAUUCCUUGUCUGAAUGGCUCAGCAGGAGUAACUGUUAUCUCCUCUCCUAAGGAGAUGAAGACCUAACAGGGGCACUGAGGCUGGGCUGCUUUAGGAGACCAAGUGGCAAGAAAGCUCACAUUUUUUGAGUUCAAAUGCUACUGUCCAAGCUGGAAGUCCCUCAUCCUGAAGUAGACUAAAGCCCGGCUGAAAAUUCCGAGGAAAACGAAACAAGUGAAUGAAUGAACAGACACACACAAUGUUCCAAGUUCCCCUAAAAUAUGACCCACUUGUUCUGGGUCUACGCAGAAAAGAGACGCAAAGUGUCCGAAAAAGCAAAGAAGAAAACAAACAAAAACAAAACAAACACACGGACCAAAAAACAAAGAAACGAAGAUGAGAAAGAAGGCCUCAUAUCCAAUUACCUCACUCAUUCACACGUGAGCGACACGUAGACAUCCGCGAGGGCCAGCAUCACCAGACCAGCUGCGGGACAAACCACUCGGACUGCCUGUGGGACAGAUACUUCCGACAUUUUCGUUUAAGCAAAUACAGGUGCAUUGAGAACAUGACUUUGGGGGUGAUUCGUGUGUAGCGCCUGGGAGGGGGGGAUAAAAGAGGAGGAGCGAGCACUGGAAAUACUUUUUAAAGAAAAAAAAACACGAAGGAAAGAAAGGAAUUCCUAUCAAAAAUCAAAGCGAAAUAAUACCAUCCAGCACUUAACUCUCAGGUCCCAACUAAGUCUGGCCUGAGCUAAUUUAUUUGAGCGCAGAGUGUAAAAUUUAAUUCAAAAUGGUGGCUAUAAUCACUACAGAUAAAUUUCAUACUCUUUUGUCUUUGGAGAUUCCAUUGUGGACAGUAAUACGCAGUUACAGGGUGUAGUCUGUUUAGAUUCCGUAGUUCGUGGGUAUCAGUUUCGGUAGAGGUGCUGCAUCGUGACACUUUUGCUAACAGGUACCACUUCCGAUCACCCUGUACAUACAUGAGCCGAAAGGCACAAUCACUGUUUCAGAUUUAAAAUUAUUAGUGUGUUUGUUUGGUCCAGAAACUGAGACAAUCACAUGACAGUCACCACGAGGAGAGAAAAUUUAAAAAAUAAAAAUAAAAACAAAAAAAAAUUUAAAAAUUAAAAAAAAAAAACAAAAAAAGUCUAAUAAGAACUUUGGUACAGGAACUUUUUUGUAAUAUACAUGUAUGAAUUGUUCAUCGAGUUUUUAUAUUAAUUUUAAUUUGCUGCUAAGCAAAGACUAGGGACAGGCAAAGAUAAUUUAUGGCAAAGUGUUUAAAUUGUUUAUACAUAAAUAAAGUCUCUAAGACUCCUGUGGA